AUGCAACUCGCCCGGCGCAUACAAAAGACGCCGCAUGUCUGCGCUAGCUGCACUCAACGUAUAGCAAGCGCGUUGGCUCCGAUAGGCCGUGACCAUGGUACUAGGCAUGUAAGAGGCAUCAGCACCAUCCGACAUGGACCAUCAGGCGCGUUUUCGUCCUACAUCGCAUCUUCUGCACAACAACCACUCCGCAAUGCCUUCAGCACAGCCGCGACUGCUCGAGGGCGCCUCCGCGUCGCUAUCAUUGGCUCUGGACCGGCUGGUUUCUAUACCGCGUACCGACUCAUGAACAAGAACCAAGAUGCCGUCAUUGACAUGUACGAGCAACUUCCCGUACCUUACGGGCUUGUCCGCUUCGGCGUCGCGCCAGACCAUCCAGAGGUCAAGAACUGCCAGGACACAUUUGAAGAGGUAGCGCAGUCACCGCGAUUCAACUAUGUUGGCAAUGUCAGAGUCGGAUACGAUAUCGAGCUAGCCAAGAUGAAGCCCCACUACGAUGCGAUACUGUUCUCAUAUGGCGCAAGUGAAGACAGACAGCUAGGGAUACCGGGAGAAGAUCUGCCAGGCGUAUACUCGGCCAGAUCCUUUGUGGGAUGGUACAAUGCCCUGCCACAGUUUCGAAGCCUGAAGCCAGACCUCCAAGCUGGCGAGCAGGCAGUCGUCAUAGGGCAGGGAAAUGUGGCGCUCGAUGUUGCGCGUAUACUGCUGAGUCCUGUUGAUAGCUUACGGCAUACCGACAUAUCAGAGCAGGCUAUACAAACGCUUUCGGAAAGCAAGGUGCGGUCUGUGAGGGUCGUUGGCCGACGGGGGCCAAUACAGGCUGCUUUCACUGUCAAGGAAGCUCGAGAAUUGAUGAACAUCCCUUCCGUCGCCUUCGAACCUAUCGACCGCUCCCUCUAUCCACCAGAGAUCAAGAAACUACCCCGCGUACAAAAACGAAUAGCUGAAGUCCUACUCAAGGGCAGCAAGGCCACCAAAGAGGAAGCUCCACGGUCAUGGACACUUGACUUUAUGCAAGCGCCGAAGUCUAUGCACGCAGACGCUGGUCAUCUCUCGUCAAUCGCCUUUACGAAGCAACAGUUUAUCCCCGACGCCGAUCCCUUUGACCAACGGGCCCGCGUCACACCUACAAAUGAAGAAAAAUCGAUGGAAGCCUCGCUAGCAUUCCGGUCCGUAGGGUACAAAUCGACAGGUCUGCCGGGGCUUUCUGAGAUCGGCGUACCAUUCGACGACAAGCUCGGCAUAAUUCCCAAUGACAUGCACGGUCGGGUCAUUACACCAUCGGUGGGGCCUGGCAACUUGACAGCUGGUCAUGUCCAUGGGCUAUAUUGCGCAGGCUGGGUGAAGCGCGGUCCAACGGGCGUCAUCGCAAGUACUAUGCAAGACGCCUUCUCGUCUGCAGACAUUAUCGCGCAAGAUUGGGAGACUGGUGUACCGUUUUUGAACGAUACUAGCGGCGACAACAGAGGCACAGGUCUCGGCUGGGAUGGCAUCAAGGAUAAUGUGACGAGUGUAAGAUCACUGAGCUGGUCGGAUUGGAAGAAGAUCGACGAGGCUGAAAGAGCCAGAGGCAAGAGUAAAGGCAAGGAGAGGGAGAAGUUCCAGAGCGUGGAGGAGAUGCUCAAAGUCUUGGAUGUAUAA